AUGACCGUUAAACUUGUGGUACUUAUUAUGCUUGUCGUCAUCGAAGAUGAUACACUUGUCGUGGUCGCAGCCAGUGUUACUCCCGUUGUGGUUAGUGAACUUGUUAAUGUUGCCACUGUUGUGGUUAAUGAACUUGUUAAUGGUACUAUCGUUGUGGUUAGUGAACUUGUGAAUGUUACUAUCGUUGUGGUUAGUGAACUUGUGAAUGUUACUACUGUUGUGGUCAGGGGACUUGUUAUGGUACUACUUGUGGACACUUGUGUGGUAACAGAUGCUGUCGAAGUCGAAACUGCUGAAUAA